AAGAGGGAACUUUUUCACAAUUUGCAGUAUCUACAAACAUCUUAACAUCCAAUCACAGCCAUCCACCUUCAAACUCUGCUUUCCCUUCCCUUCCCUCUCUCUCUUCAAAGAUUUUAGCAAAAAUAGAUUCAUUUCUUGAAGCUUGCUAGCUUUGCUUUAUCUGAGCUUCUGUAGUUUUCUCUUUCCAUUCAUAGCAAACACAACACUUUUGUUUUCUUUCUUCUCUUUUCUUUGUUGCUCAGGCCUCAAGGAAAAAAUAGGAAAGAAGAAAUCUUUCCCAACUUUUUUCCACUGACUGCUCCAAUUCCCCUGGUUUCAGAGCCUCCCUCACUCUUGUCCCCAAUUGGGUUUUCCCCAUUAGCAGCCUUUUUGCUCUCUCUCUCUCUCUCUCUCUCUCUCUCUCUCUCUCUCUCUCCAGUUUCUUUUGCUUUCCCAAUUGGGAUGCCAAGAAGUGGAAGAAGCUGCAGAUACAAGUGUUUUAGUUCCACUUCUGAAAUUCUACCAAGAUUCUAAUUUCAUUUUCUGAAGAUUGCCUUAAUCUGUUCUCUGUUUAUCAUCUCUGAGACUUCUUCAAUGGGUUCAGCUAAACUAUUUUAGUUUUUUUCUUCUUAAAAAUAAAGAUUUAAAGACAUUUAUUUGAAUUUUGAAAAGGUGGGUCUUUUCUAGAUUCCUCAGGGUGUGCCUAUGCGGAAAAAAGGUAUUCUGAUUCCUUUCAGAAUGCCCCUUGAUUUAACUCUCCUUUCAUCAUUCUGAAACCUCCACCGCUCUCUCUCUAUCUGCAUUUCCUGAAAGGCUUCCCUCUUGCUCUGUUUCUCCUCUGUUUUCAACCCAAUUCUCAGUACCAUAUCCAAUUUCAUCAGUUGGGAAUUCAAGAAAUCAGAAAUUCAUCCAAUUUGUCAAUUAUGCAAGCGUGAAUUUGAGAUCUUGAAUUUGAUAUCAUGAAGUUUGAAAUGGAAAUUCUAUCGCCUUCAUCCUAUUUUUCAAGUUCAAAUUGGCUUCUUGAAGAGAGCAAGAGCACACAAUGGACCCCGGCAGAGAACAAAAUGUUCGAAAACGCCUUGGCGGUGCACGACAAGGACACACCAGACCGGUGGCUUAAGGUGGCAGCACUGAUACCUGGGAAGACAGCAAUGGAUGUGAUGAAGCAGUAUGAGGAAUUGGAAGUUGAUGUUGGCAAAAUAGAAGCAGGGCUGGUUCCAAUUCCUGGCUAUAGUGCCUCUCCAUUCACAUUGGAGUGGGUGAAUAGACAUGGCUAUGAUGGGUUCAAGCAGUCUUAUGGGCUUGGUGGUAAGAGAUCUUCAUCAGCUAGGCCUGCUGAUCAUGAAAGAAAGAAAGGUGUUCCAUGGACUGAAGAUGAACACAAGCUGUUUCUACUGGGGCUGAAAAAGUAUGGCAAAGGGGACUGGAGGAACAUCUCACGCAAUUUUGUGGUAACUCGAACACCGACUCAAGUGGCUAGUCAUGCACAGAAGUACUUUAUCAGGCAGCUUUCAGGGGGGAAGGAUAAGCGAAGAGCCAGCAUCCAUGACAUAACAACCGUCAAUCUCAACGACAUGAGAACUCCAUCUCCAGACAAUAAAAGGCCUCUCUCUCCUGAGCACUCAUCUGUGCCUCAGCAGCCAAAUUCUGCUGCCACUGCCAGGACUCCGUUUCAGUGGCAUCACCAGCAAGGCGGUGGAGCAAACAUGGCUUUCAAUCAAGCACAUAGAAAUAUGUUCAUGUCCCAUCCUUAUGGGAUUAGUUCAUAUGGACUUAAAAUGCAGGGGCAAGAUCUGCACAAAGGUGCUGCUAAUAACUCUUACUAUGGACCUCAAAAUAUGGUUUUCCAGAUGCAAUCCGCACAGCACUACCCGUAUGGAUGAUCUAGCAGCUCUUCUCAAUCCUCUGCAGUUUGAUAUGCCAUUAUGGUCUUUUAGUUCAUUAGUAAUAGCUUUACCUGAGCUUUUUUUUUCAUGGUUUCAUGUAAAUAUGUCAUUCAGAACUUUGAGUUAGCAUAAUAGUAUCUGAGGGGAACAAGAUCAAAGUAUUUCGUGGAAUUUGGAAUACGUACGAAAUAUGAAACUGAGGUGAAGCAUCUCAAAACCUAGUUGUACCCCCCACCCCCCCCCCCCCCCCUAUGGAUUUCAUAUUCUGUAAUGAUAAGGGAGUGGUGAAUUAUUGCAGAAGGCAUCAAAGAUGAACAGGAGCAUGUAUGAGAAAUAAUGGUUUUUACUUUUUA